CAGGCGCGCGGCGCUGUUUGAACCUCGCGCAUCGCUCGUGGUUCCGCCCCACUCCGCUGUGGGGCGUGGCGCCACCGUGCAGACAGACACGCCGACGCUGUUUUGUCGUUUUUCCGGAGCAAUCGAGCAAUCUCGUCUGCUUCUUCUGCUACAGCCCAAACAAAGUCCCUGAUUAUGUUGUGUGUCCUCUUUUUUCGAACGAAACCUUUUUAUCGAGAUCUGCCGUUUUCACCUUAUCUCUGACAAACGGUGCAAGUUGAGCCCGUCGUAUGGUGUACGUGUCUGGUGGAACGCCGUCGACUUUAACGGUUGAACAUAGAGGCAGUUGAAUUUUCAAAGUGCAAGUCCAUUACGUCUACGUCCUAGCCGAACCCAAGGUGACAAGAUGCCAGCUGCUCAGUUGCGUGCCCUUUCAGCAACUCAGUGGAAGUUACUGGCACAACUUCGAGAAUAUUUGACAAAAGGGUCAGAAAAAGGAUAUGUAUUUAACCUUACCAAGGAGUGGAUGUCACUUCUCCAAAGACUACCUUCACUUCGAUUUUCUUCACCGCCUGAGAAGAAUUUAAAAGAUAAUGCAACUCACACUUUGACAUCAUCGUCUACUUCCUCAAGUGUCACUUCUGGCUCUGCUGGCAGUGCUUUGGACAUUACUUCCCAAAUAAAUGCCACUUCAAGAACUCCAGGAAAUUCUCCACCAUCACCUCCCUCUUCCUCAUCUACUCCAGUCUCUGAUCCAAGCUCAUCAAAAUACUCCCAUGUCUUUGCUAAUUUAAAACUUUUUGCUGGAAAUGGAAAUGGCGAAGAAGGAAAAUCUCCUGGAGAUGCCAUUCAAGAAAAGUCAAAGUGGCGCACACAGAAGGAAACUGUCUCAAAGCAUACUGUGCACUCUCGCACUCAACAUGUGAUCAGUGCUGUAGCAUCAGCAGUUAGUGUCCAAUCAAGAUUAAAACGCUUGGAAGACCUUCUGGAACACUUUUAUCGAUUCCCAGAGUCAAAAAUGUAUGCUGGAAAGGAAGGAGCUGUUAAUGUUUUGCUCAGGGUACGCAAUGAAGCCAAAGAUGAACCAACUAUUGCCAUAUCCCGAGAAAUCUUAACCAUUCUUGGUUAUGUGGAUCCUGUUCCUGGCCCUGGUAUUAGGGUGUUGUCCAUUGAUGGGGGAGGAAUCAGAGGUGUUUUAGUCAUCGAAAUGUUGAAAAAACUUGAAGAGUUGACGGGAAAACGAGUUUAUGAAAUGUUUGAUUACAUUUGUGGAGUUAGUACAGGAGCAAUUCUUUCCUGUGUUCUUGGACCUCAGAGGAUAUCUCUUGAUGAGGUUUCACAAAGGUACAAAGAGCUCAGUACUAAAAUCUUCACGCAAAAUCCCAUUUGGGGGACAAGCAACCUUGUAUGGAGCCACGCAUACUAUGACACAACUAUGUGGGAAGACAUGUUACGCACCUAUGUGGGAGACACCAAGCUCAUUCACACUAGCCGAGACUCCAAUUGUCCAAAGUUCAGUGCUGUCUCUACUGUAGUGAAUCGUGAGCGGGUGUCUGCCUUCGUGUUCAGAAAUUAUGAACUCCAACAUCGCAUUCAGUCUCAGUAUCUAGGAAGCAGUCAGCAUGCAGCUUGGGAAGCAGUCAGAGCUUCAUCAUCAGCACCUACAUACUUUGAAGAAUUCAAGUUAGGAGACCUCCUGCACCAGGAUGGAGGUAUAAUGGUAAACAAUCCUACUGCAGUAGCCAUACAUGAAGCUCGAUUGCUGUGGCCUGGAGUCCCACUUCAAUGUGUGGUGUCCUUUGGGACAGGCCGCUGUAACCCAGUUACUGUAAAAAGUGAGAAUGCUGAGGCAGCCAAGGGUUCGUCUUGGAGAAAUAAGUUCAAUAAGAUCUUAGACAGUGCAACAGACACUGAAGCUGUGCAUACUCUUUUGAAUGAUCUGAUGCCGGGCAAUGUGUAUUAUCGGUUCAACCCAUACUUGACUGAAAUGGUGACAAUGACAGAAAUUCGCCCAGAGAAAAUAUCGCAACUUGAAAUGGAUGCAGAAAUGUACUACCGCCGAAAUGAAGAAAAGUUUAAGGAAGCUGCACAGACACUUGUCCAACAGAAGAAUGCGGCUCAGAAAACAUUAGACUGGGUUAACCUUCAAGCAAAAUUAGUUGGCCUACGAUCAAAUUUAUAGUGUACCUACAACUGUUAUUCAUUCUCUUCUUUUAUUUGUGUUUAGUUCUCCAAAAUCAUACACAUAUGUUCCUUUAAGUGUUGGGCAUUUUGAUACACUUUUGUUAAAGUUAUGGUUACUGUUGUGUGAUAUAUUUAGUCCUAGUAAGUGACAGUCAUUAAUCUAACAAUGAUGAAAAAUUAGUUCUGAUCUUUCAAAGUAAUGCAUUGCGGCUAAUUUGGUUUCUACAAUAAAAGUAGAAUUUAGGAACAUUAGUGAACAUUGGUUGUAACCAAACUAAAAUCUGAAAUGCAUUUUAGUUUGAGCCUUAAAUGUUAUUCAUGUGGAGUUGAGCAAGUUGACUUAUUUUAUUUAUAAAAUGGAGGGAAAGCUAGUGUAAAUUUUCCUGAACCUGUAUACCUGUGAUAUUUAAGUAAGUUUUUUUUUUGCAAAAGAAAAUGUUUUUAAAUAAACCCGAAAAUUUA